CCAAAAAAAGCCUGGAGUGCAAGCCAACGGUGGAAGCACAAGAAAGAGAGGAGAGCAAGCAGGACCGCCGCUGAAAUGGCCACCAAACUUGUGGAUCUGGUGUACUGGCGCCACAUGUGGAGGACUGGUGUGGUGUUUACAGGGCUGGUAAUCGGUCUGGCCAGCUUGUUCCAGCUUAGUGCUGUCACUGUGGUCUCCAACGUCUUUCUGGGUGUCAUGUGCAUCACCUUCCCCCUCCGUUUUUAUUAUAAGCUCCUGGAGCUCCUGCGCUGGAACCCCGGGGUUCACCCCUUUCAGUCAUGUCUGGAUUACGACAGCUCUCUGACAAAUAAGGAGACGGUGAUGCUGGUGGAGGAGACGGUGCUGCUGAUCGCAUUUGCUGUCACAGAAAUCAAACGGCUCAUUUUCAUUGAAAACAUAUUUGACUCUAUUAAGUUUGUUGUGCUUCUGUAUCUGCUGACCUAUGUUGGCAUCCAAACUAAUGGACUGACCCUGGUAAUAAGUGCUGUGAUCGCUGUUUUCUCCCUUCCUUUGCUGUACAAAAAGCAGCAGGUGCGGAUAAGAAGGAUUGCUAGAGCCGUCAGAGCUUUUCUAAAGAGAGUCAAAAGCCUGUUCUCCAGUGUGUACGAUUCGGUGAGGCCCCCUCCAGCCCCUGCACCAAAACCUGCAAUUUCAGCUGCGAAUGUGCCCAAACAGAAAGCCAAGUCAAAGUAACUGUGUUGGUCACGUAUUGAAAACACCCAGCAUUUGGGAUUUGGGGAAAGACUGGAAGGGCACAUCCUCUGGGGGGCGGCUGGAGGGGCUGCUCGUUUCCACUUCUCCACCAUGAUGUUUGUUUAUGGGAGCAAGAUAUAAUUGAUCCUGACAGCUUAAACAAAGCUGCCAUUCACUGAAGGAGGGAGAGGAUGAGGAGGUGUAUGAGGAGGGGAAUUUUAGUUACUGUGAUGCUCUCUGUGGGCAGCGUCUAAUAGAACCAGUUCACACAGUCAUACUCUUCGAGUGGGCUAUGGAUGGCACAGAACAUCACAGCUUUUUUUUUUUCUUUAAUAACAAGUGUAUUUUUACAUAACUAGUCCGCUGUGUUCCUGUCAAACUGUGGAAGUAUUUAUAAUGAAGCCCUGCAGCAUUAUUGCUGCCUUUAUUAUGAAGCAUCAUUCAUUGUUAGCUUCAUAGAAUAAAAAGACAUGAACAUCGCCUGCUAUUAAUCAGCAUUAAUAGUGCUGCACUUGCUAAGUCGAGGAAAAAGCUUGGUAAGCAGCCAGCCCCACAACCUUUAAAAGACUUACAUGAGAAAUAAUGAGAGUGUUCUCCUUUAAUCUUAGUGCUAAUCACUUUUAAUUAGAAACAAACAGUGACCUCAUAUUUGUGGGGAAAGCAGUUUGCUAAUAAAAAAAGUACAACUCUUAACAAGUGGGAGGAAUAUUGACUCUUGUAGUAAAUGCAGUUCAUUUUGAUUGAUCAAAACACAAAAAGGCACUUUCUAGAUAACAUCUUAGACUGUAUA